AUGUUAGAAGGUGUUGACGUCACUCUCCUUCUAAGGUUUUAUCUGUGUGUACCUUUGGGGUACUUCAGUAGGGGAGAAAGCGUGUCAGCCUUGGUGCCCGUUGUUUUGUGUCAUCAAGAGGAAAUUUUGAGGCCUUUAGACCCUUGGCACUAUCCUUGUUGUUCGACAAGGAGCCAAGGACGGUUUAGGCUUAGGCACGAGGUGUGGCCACCAGAAGGUCUUUUGCAUGCCCUUUGGGCCUUUGGCAGUCCUUAUCAUUUGACAAGGAAGGAUGGCGGGGCUUGGGCUUGGCUUGACUCAAGCUUCAGCAAGGGGAAGCGCAUGGUGGGCUUAGGGUUUGUCUCAAGCUUCGGAAAGGGGAAAAUUUUUGUGAGCCCUUAG